CUUUACUUGCAAAAGAUCCGCGAACUGGUCUGACUGUCAGCCAACAAUCAGAAUUUUCUGUGUGAACAGCUUACUGUUGGUUGGAAACCAAUCAAAAAUUUCUGUGCGAACGCGUCUUACCCUAUUGCGCAUGAUUAUCUGUUGGAAAUAUGUUUCUUACAGCUGUGAGAACAAACCUGUUGACAUUUUGUCAUGGUAGCCCUCACGAAAAUCGUCUUUGUAAAUUUUUUAAAAAAGGAAAAUUUAUUAAUUAGUGAGAUAUGCUCUUUGAUAAUAAUUAAAAACAAAUACACCUCAAGUAUGGGUAAAAGAAAAGCAAAUAGUAAUAAUCCUAAUAAUGAUUUCUGUGAAUUUCUUGGAGUUAACGUUACAAUUUUAGAAUUAGCAGAAUAUGAAAAAAAUAUUAAUAGAAAUAUCCAUAAAUACCAAGCGUACCGAAAAGCAGUUGCCACAUUGGCAACUUAUCCCACUCGAAUCAAAUCUGGUCAUGAAGCUAAGUCAUUACCAGGUAUUGGUGAAAAAAUAUCCAAGAAAAUUGAUGAAUUUCUUCAAACUGGAAAGCUAAAAAAACUUGAAAAUAUACACCAGGACAAGAGCAGUCAAAUUAUAAAUUUAUUAACUAGGGUCUCUGGCAUAGGGCCUGUAAAAGCUCAAAAAUUAUUUAGUGACGGGAUUAUGACACUUGAUGAUCUAAGAAAAAAUCAAGAUAAACUAACUCACCACCAGAUCAUUGGAUUGCGAUAUUUUGAUGAUUUUGAAAAAAGAAUACCAAGGGCAGAAAUACAUGAAAUUGAAAAUAUUUUAAAAAGGGAAAUCACUGAGGUGGAUCCCAAGUAUGAGAUAAUUAUAUGCGGUAGUUACAGGAGAGGCAAACCAGAGAGUGGGGAUAUAGAUACAUUAAUUACUCAUCCAGAUUAUACCAGUGAUAAAUUCAACAAAAAACAUAAAAUUAUGGUAUUAAAAAGCAUUAUUGAAAAACUUAAAAAAUGUGGUCUGGUCACAGAAACAAUAUCUCUUGGAGACACAAAAUUUAUGGGAGCUUGCCGAUUAAAUCCCGAUUUACCAACCCGGAGAUUGGAUAUAAGGUUUCAACCGUAUGAUCAAUAUUUUUGCAGUGUACUAUAUUUUACCGGUUCGGACGUAUUCAAUCAAAAAAUGAGAGCUCAUGCUUUAGAAAAACAAUUUACUCUGAACGAAUACACUUUAAGACCCCUUGGUUGUACUGGGAUACCAGGUGAACCUGUUGAAAUAACUUCAGAAAGAGAUAUUUUCGAUAUAAUUGAAUAUCCUUAUAAAAAACCAGAGGAGAGGGAAAAUUAGAUUAUUUUUAACUUUUUUAAAUUGUACAAAAUAUAGCUAGAAUUAUUUUAAAAAUAUUUUACUUAUAUGACUUUUAUUAUUUGUAUUUAUUAAACGUAUUAUUCUUUAUAUUUUCAUAAAUGCUUGGAUCAAUAUUUAAGGAGUCAAUAAAAAGCUUUCAUACUUUAAUUCAUAUAUUAAGUCCAUCAAUUUUAAAUUUUAUCAAAUAUUAAUCCUUCACAUAAUUAUAAUACUAUGUAUAUUCUUAAAAUUAAUUUAGAUCUUAUUAUUUUACAUAAUAUGAGAAGAGAAUGUGCAUUAUAAAAAUUAAAGUUCAUAUUUGUGAAAUAAUUAAUGUCGUAUUGUAAUCCACUAAAUAAAUACAAUUAGUAUCUUGAGCAAAUAAUUUCCAAAUGGCAAAAUAUAUAUUUUACACUA